AUGGAUAAUGCUUUCAAGGCAGCAGGCAAUCUGCUUCCGUAUCAUCUUCUCGCUUAUGGCGCCCUUCUCGGGACUGAGCUCUUUCAGGCGAGACCCAGCUUUUUCAACACCAAGAUAUGUUACAGGGCACUUCCAAUGAAAGAGUUUAUUGCGCUUCAGAAGCAACUCUUCCCGGUGUACUUCAAGACACAGGUUGGGCUCGCAGCACUCACAGCCGCAACACACCCACCAUAUAGCAUCUUCUCCUUGAUUCAGGAUCCAUGGAGUGUGGGGUCUCUUGCGAUCGUCGGGAUGACUGGGUGUUUGAACUGGUUUAUAUAUGGACCAAGAACCAUCACUGCUUCGCUAGUGAGAAGAGCACUUCAAGGUAAGAUGAGCGAUAUCCCCGAUUCAGAUCCAGACGCUUCGAGGAUCCACCGAGCUGAUCGCAGCUUCACGCGAAACCAUGCCAUGGCGGUCCAUUUGAAUGCAAUCUCGAUAAUAGCCACGAUACUGUAUGGGUUCUCACUGUCAGCGAGAGUUAUGGAAGCUCGAAGUGCGCAGUGA